AUGUGGUCCAGGGUAUAUUCUAAAUUAAGUAACACCUGUGGAAGAAGGCUUAACUCAACAUUUAGAGCUUCAGAAAUAGUCAUCGACCACACAAAUAAUCCAAAAACAAUGCCAGUUCUGGACGAGACACUUAUCUUUGGAAAAAAAACAACAGACCAUUUAUUUUGGGUUGAUUGGGAUGCUAAAAAAGGCUGGCACACACCUCAAAUUGCUCCUUAUCAGCCAUUAGUUUUAGACCCUACCAGCUCCUGUUUCCACUACGGCACCGAAUGUUUCGAAGGCAUGAAAGCUUAUAAAACAGCCCACGACAAAGUCCUCCUAUUCAGACCUGAAAUGAACGUAAGGCGCCUCAAAAAAAGCGCAGCUGCCUUAGCUCUCCCUGAUUUCGACGGUGAAGAAUUCCUCCAAUGCUUGCGCAAGUUUGUAGAUAUCGAAAGAAAAUGGGUCCCAAACAAAAAGGGAUACUCAAUGUACAUUCGUCCGACCAUGAUUGGAACUCACCAGCAGCUUGGUGUCACAAAGCCAGCAAAAGCCAAACUUUUCAUAGUAAACGCCUUGGUAGGCCCUUAUUUCCCUACAGGCUUUAAGCCAGUCGCUUUAUAUUGUGAUGAAGCCCGUGUCAGAGCUUGGCCAGGUGGAGUCGGUGACAAAAAAGUUGGAGGAAAUUAUGGACCAGGGAUCGCUUAUACUGACGAAAUCACCAAACUUGGCUACCAGCAGCUGCUUUGGCUUGUAAAUGGAAACGUCACUGAGGUCGGGACUAUGAAUUUCUUUGUGCUGUGGAAAACUAAAGAAGGCGAAACUGAGCUUAUAACGGCUCCUUUGGACUCAACUAUAUUAGAGGGCGUCACGAGAGACUCGAUUUUGACACUUACAAAGGAAUGGGGCGAGUUUAAGGUGUCAGAAAGGACUUUUUCAAUUCACGAGCUUGUAGAAGCAGUUGAUCAAGGAAGGGUUAUUGAAGCUUUUGGAGCUGGGACAGCCUGUAUAGUGUGCCCAGUCAAGAAAAUUCAUUUUAAAGGAAAAGACUAUGAUAUUCCAAUGAAACUUGGAAACAGUGGAUUACUCACAAAGCGACUUUUAGAUCAUAUUUUGUCAAUACAAUAUGGAGAAAUACAUCACCCGUGGUCUUAUCAAGUAGAUUAUUAA